AUGGUGCGACUGGAGCGGCCGCUCGACUUUUAUAUCACUUACGGCAAUUGCCAUGUUCAUGUGAGUUUGAGGAUUAUAUUUAGUAAAAGUUUUGUGCAACGGGUUGUUUGGGGAAAAAAAUUUUUUUUACGUGGCGGUAAAAAGUCCUUUGGAAUUUUUCGCCUCUUUUUACCACGGUUGUAGACUAUUUGCCACAACUAUCAAAACAAAAAAAAAUAUUGUAAAAUACGGAUAUUGAAGUAGCGGUUUUCAAAAUUUUGUCAGAAGCAUGGAGCUAUUUUAUAUGAUGAAACAUUUUCAUCGUAUAAAAUGUCGCCUGUCCAAAAACGUUUCAGCAGAAAGCAGUAGAAAGUCCAGUGACUUUUUGCUACAACAUAGAGGGGCUUCGUUAUACGAACUUUAUUUAGGUAAAGACGGGUUAUAUCAGUUUGUCGGGAAAAUAAUGAGUACUCUGUCGCAUCGAAAAAUUAAUUGUGUCGCGGAAAAGUUAAAUUGCUUUUUACUUCAGCGACGCGAUCGGCGCUACGACAUUAUGCUCAUUAUUUUCCAGACAGAAUGAUAUGAAUAUUAUAUCUGUCUGGUGGGAAAAUAAUGUGGAUUUGUCGGGCUUUCGAAACGCCCAUCAUCGCUUUGCGACAGCUGGGCUGUGUAUGCGACUGCGAAGAAGCGAGACCUUUUUGCUACAACAAAUCCACAUUAUUUUCCUGACAGACUGUUGAAAGAAGAAGCUCUUGUGACAUCUUUUUUGGUCCCAGACGGUCCCUUGUACAAUGCUUGGACUAACUUUAACUCUCCCUUUUCAGUACGCGGUAGUUUUUGUUUGUUUGGGCUGGAUCUUUGCUUGUUUAUCCGAAUUUAUGCGCUGUUUCGACCACAAAGCCUCGUUGCACAGCUGGUAUCAUUUUCCCAUGUUUAUCGUGAUGUACAUUUUGGCGUUGAUUGGGAACCGCAAAGUGGUUCGAUGGUGCUACAUUCCGAUUAUGGUGCUGAAUGUGAGUGAUCCUUCCUUGGGGUGUGCAUAGUUUUUUUAUAUACACAUAAGCAUUUACGUAAAAAUGUUGGGGUAAAAUACGAGUCGAGAUUUCAUGCUAGAAGUCACAAAAAUGCGCUUGCCAUAGAAGGGUUUUUUACAGACGUUCAUUUUAGCUUAACAGUUGUAAGGUUACCUUUUUUGAUCCAGUGAUUCACGUAUUGUUUUUUAUAGGAUAGGGAUAUACGAAUACGCCAAGAGUUGCUAACUUGGAUGAGAAUAGUAAUACGGAUAACAGUCUGUCGGGAAAAUAAUUUACACUCUGUCGCUGCGCCGACAGAGUGCGUCGCUCAAGCGAAAAAAAUUGGUUUGCCGCGACACUGUUUAUUUUCGUGGCGGCGAUACGAUUUUCGAUGCCAUAGAGUGCUCAUUAUUUUCUUGACAGACCGAUAUCCCCGUGCAACAAGACCAUUUCAUAGCGAUUUAUUUACUUUUUAGUCCGUACGAUUUUUUGUACAGGGUGGCUCAGCCAAGUUCGCGGAUGUAAAAUGCUUAUAACUUUUUAUAGGAUUGUUCAAUUUUUAUGAGCAAUAGCUCGUUUUAUUCCUUAUUAGUUGCCAUUUUGUUUAAAAAAAAGAUCAUUAAAAAUGAUCAAUCCUACGUCGAGUUAUGACUUGAAAGUCAAACAGAGGUUUCACUGAAUGCAGUAAGGGUACAUCGAAAAGCGUCCUCUAGUUUUUUAAAGGCGCUUUAUUAAAAUUAAAAAGCUCCUCGGUUCAACCGUUCAUAUGAAAAUAAAAAAUUUUUUCUAUUGAAAAGUUUCGUUGUACAAAACUUUUUUGGAUUAAAACUGACACUGUGAUUUUUUGUUAUCACCAUGACUUUUUUUGGUAUCCCAAACUCAUCAUUAUGAAAAAAUAUCUGCUUAUUACCAGCUCCAACCCCUGCAAUUCAGUCAACCCCCUGAAUUACCAUCUUUAAUUGCCCCCCUUUCCUUCAGGGAGUCGCUUCUCUUGCCUAUUCCGGCCAAGCCCUCGUCCACUUCGUUGUUCUCGCGUUGGAAUUAAUUGAGCAAUCCGGCGAGAAGUCCUUCUACGAAUUCAUAAGCGAGGACCGGACCGACGAAAUCCGCUUCACGAUGGAGGGAAGUCGCUAUUUUAUCCUCAUCAUCGUCACUGUAUAUAGUCUUCGCGUGAUGUAUCGGGAUUAUCUGUACUUGCGGGAUGUGGUGGGCAAGCCCGAUGCGAAUCUACCGCCGCCAGUCGUCGAUUUGUAG